CUCGUCCUUGUGUUUCUCCUGAAGUUGUCAGUGGCUGAGCGCUGAUCUCCAGAAUGGGUUCUAGCAGAGCUCGGUAUCUGAUAUUCUUCCAGUAUUGUGGAACCAAGUAUAGCGGAGUCGUCAGGGUCCCAGAAACUCAAGCAGUUUUAGGAGUGGAAAAUUAUUUGGAGAUGGCAGCACAGAAGCUCAGGCCAGUUGGAAAAGUGACUUUCUCAAUCUCCAGCCGUACAGACUCAGGAGUCCAUGCAAUCUGUAAUUCUGCGCAUGUGGACAUUGAAAGGACCCCAGAUAAAUCUCCAUUCUCUGAAGACAUAUUAGUAAAAGCUUUGAAUUUCCAUCUACACCCUGAGCCCAUCAGCAUACUGAAGGCCAUACGUGUAAGCAACGACUUCCAUGCUCGUUUCAAGGCGAUCUCCAGGACUUAUUUUUACAGAGUAGUCACCGGAUGUAAACACACAGAUUUACCGGUAUUUGAACGGAAUCGAUGCUGGGCAGCAAGUGAGAGGUAUCUUGACGAUUCACGGAUUCAGGAAGCAGCACAGUUAUUUGUCGGGACGCAUGAUUUCAGUGGCUUCAGGUCCACAAGUAAGAAUACACCAUUUGAGUCUCCAGUCAAGACUUUGCUGCAGGCGUCUGUAGUCCCAUCCACCAGCCUUUUACCAAAUCACUUACAAAACAGCAAUCUUCAGUACUGGGAUUUUACCUUCAAAGGUAAAUCUUUUACUUACAACCAGGUGAGGAGGAUGACCGGUGCUCUGGUCGCAGUAGGUUUGGGGCAUCUCACACCACAACAAAUUAAACUUCACCUGGAAGAACGUAAACCACCAGUGUUCCCGGGAUAUAUUGUUGCGCCACCUUCAGGACUUUUCCUGAGAGAAGUUGAAUAUGAUGAGGAAGACUUAAAAAGCUACAAGCCCGAGCCGAGAAGACGCUCUCCAGGAGAUACGUGACUGGAACACCUCCGGAAAUCUGAUUUCUACUUUUUUUUAUAUAACAUAAUUCUCUGAAUAUGGAUGAAUUUUGUAUUUUCACAUUAUACAGUGCUUGUAUCCAGGAGUCCUGACCACCAUGUGGUCCAGCAGUGGUGGUCGUGCUUGCACACUAUAAGAAAAACGUACUGUACAUGAUAAAUGCAAUAUGCUGAAGUGAGACUACCCCUUUAAUGCUCUAUCCUAAGGAUGGGUCAUCAACGGUUGGUCUUGGAAACGUAGCAAACUUUAACUUGACACUUAAAAGUAUUGUCCCAUCUGGGACAUUUAUGGCAUAUCGAUAGGAUGUGCCAUAAAUGUCUGAUGUUGUGGGUCCCAUCUCAUGACGGGUGCACUGGGCUAGUUUCCAAAUUCCCAUAGCAGUAAAUGGAAAGCAAGCCGCUCCAUUCACCACUAUGGCACUCUAUUGCUAUUUUGGUAAGUCCCAUAGUGGUGAAUAGAGGGAUGGUUCACUUAGGUGCCCUGUUCUUGAGAUAGGCAUGGGUCACAGAGGUAGGACUUGCCCCUCUGGCACAAUUGUUCCAUAUCCUAUCAAUACGUCAUAAAUGUUCCAGAUGGGGGAUACACCUUUGACAUCUUAAAUACACUGUUGCAGCAAAUUUUAAAUUGACGCUUAAUACAACAAAAGCCAUCGAUAGGGUCAAGUUGUGUUAAAGGGGUUUUUCAAAGUCAUAUUUAUUAUGAGACAACUACAAAGACAUGGGUAAUAUAAUAAUAAUAAAAAAAUAGUUUACCUUCCCACUCCCCUGCGAUCCAGCGCUGCCCCGCUACCUUCCCACUCCCCUGCGAUGCAGCGCUGCCCCGCUACCUUCCCACUCCCCUGCGAUGCAGCGCUGCCCCGCUACCUUCCCACUCCCCUGCGAUGCAGCGCUGCCCCGCUACCUUCCCACUCCCCUGCGAUCC